GCAGGUAUCUACUCCGAUAUGACCGUCGAUGGUCCGGAGAUUGGUACCCUGGUUGUCAUCAUAGACCGGGCAAAGAAUCUCCCCAACCGGAAGUCCAUGGGAAAGCAAGAUCCAUAUUGUGCCGCAAGGUUAGGGAAAGAAGCAAAAAAAACCGAGACGGAUAAACGAGGAGGGCAAACUCCCAAAUGGGAUCAAGAGCUACGCUUUACCGUCCACGAUUCACCGGACUACUACAGCCUCAAACUUUCCGUCUUCAACGAUGAUAAAAGGACCGAACUGAUUGGCGAGGCCUGGGUCAGCCUGGACGACGUGGUUGUGCCUGGCGGAGGGCAGAGUGAUAUGUGGCAGAAUCUCGGCUGCAAAGGGAAAUAUGCCGGGGAUGUUCGACUCGAGAUCACAUACUACGACACAAGACCAAAGCCCGAGAAACCAAAGGAGCCGGUCCACCCGGAGCAACAGUUCGACGAACAACGCGAUCGCGUGAACUCCGGAGUUGCCGGUCCCAGACGAGACACCCCGAUCAAGCGACGACCACUCCCGUCCAAUCCCACGAGUGCCUCUCAGUCUCCGAAUGUCGACGUGGACCAUGGAAGACCUCUGCCGAAUCCGUCCUCCGGACCUCGAAGCUACCAGACUCCACCCAGCACUAGAAACACGGACCCAACAACUACGACACCACUCCCAGCAAAUCCCGCAAAUCCGUACCCGGCCCCGCUCCCCUCGACCCCAAACCCUCUCCGCUUUCCGUCUCCCACCCCGCCUACGACCCCUACGAGGCCCCCGAACCCAUCAUCGACGCCCACGGCCGCCCCAUCGAUCCCUCCGACCACCUCCCCAUCUCCGCCU